UUUUUAUCUGUGAGGAAUUUGUUAAAAUAAAAAUAUUUAUAACUUUUGACCAGCCAAAAAGUACAAAAGGCUAGCAGACUUUAUGGUUAAAGCUUAGGUGUGUAUUUCUGUGCAACUUGCACCACCGUGAGGAAUUGCCAAAAUAAAGGGUUGUUUUCAAACUGCUUACUGAAUACGACCUGUGUUAUGUUGAUUGAACAAACAGAUGGUCCCGCCCCAAUCUUACGCCAUUGAAUGAGUCCGUGAAUGGCGCCACAGUGUUUAGUUAUUGGAAAAAAAUAUACAGUUAUGCAGAGGUAAUAAGCUGGGAUAGGAGAGAAAGUGUUUAACAAUGAAAGUUACACACUUAAGCUUUAAGGUCUAUCAGGUUAAAGAUUUGGGCUUGCAAUCUGAAAAUGGCUGAAUCAAACCCUGUUAGACUGCCAGAGUGUUGCUGGAAUCUCCUGUGCCCUUGAAUGGGUAUUUCCAGGUGAUCUGUGAUUUUAUUUUUUUUAGUCUUUGCAUAGGCCAAGUGAUUACUCAUGAAACCUGUUGAUAUCAUGCUACUAGCUAUGCAAGCUAAGUAAGGUCAGUGUAAUAUAAGCAAAGAGAUGUCAAUCAAAUCCGCUCCGAGGUUUUUUGCAACAGAUUGAGUGUAACAUAUUGAGCAUACCAACUAGAUAAGGUUUUUGGCUUAACUCCUUAAAAGGAAUUUGUCAUUUUGCACUUAAAUUAUUUAGUAGGUAUCAGGAGUUUGUUCAUAUAUUUCAAAGUUAUUUUAGUUGUAGUUUUACUAGGCUAUAAUUAAUCCUAUCAUUGAUAUUUUGUAGCGCCAAAUUACUGAUUGCAUAAAAGUGGCCAGUUAUUCAACUAGCUCUCAGUGUUUGGUGUCUGUUUUGGGAUUUUAAAAGAAACCCUUAAAGUUUGUAGAGCCAACACACUGCCAUUCUAUGUGAGCGGAUGCGUUCUUAUGAACUAGAGCAAGUGGUUUUCAAACUUUGAUGCCAAGGACUCCAAACACUACAAACCCCUUGGGAGGGACUCAAUUUGUAAAUAUAAAGCCACCAACAUAUUUUCAUGUAUUAAGACCCAUUUAGAUAUUUUGAAGAGCCUGCUGUUUGCAAAAUGAAAUAAAUGGCUUUUAUAUUGUCAUUGUACGAAAGCCAAUAGAAAUUAAAAAAUAUCUAGAAAAUAGUUAUGUUGGAUUAAGAUAAAAUCCUAUCUUGUUCUACCCACGAUCAAUGUUGAAUGUUAAUAUUGUUCCAAAGUGCUUUACGUAAAAUGUUUUACAACCUCAAGUAAGCUAAAAGUGACUGAGUGGCAAGGACUCCCUAUAAAGAUACAACACAAAUAGAAAUUACUCUCCUACAUUGCAAGGAGAGAAACACAAUAGAAAUAAUUUUCACAAAAUCAUAAGCAGAUUUAUUUUUAUUUCAGUAGGUGUCAAAAGAAUAAAAGAUGAUCACAUUAUUUCUGACCAGCCUUCAGAAAGCAGAAUGAAACUGGGUCUGAUGGCGGCUUGUUUAACGUGCAAACUAAAGCGGUGAUAGAGAACCAAUGAGGACAGACUCCUAAAUUCACUUCAGACACUCAGCUGACACAGACUACGUCACUGCUGGGUUUACCCAAUCACAUCACAAUGGACCCCUCUACUUUCUCGGACACACUAGCAAAGUUUUGACUUUUUGCUGCAUAAGACAGCAAGUUGAUGAAAAUGUUUUAUUAUCUUCCAGAUCUUCAUGUGAACUACUCAGAAAGACAACCUUUUUGUGUAUAGAUCUCUAAACCCUGAAUAGGCAGCUCUUUUCUCUCUCUUUGAUGGGACGGUGCUCUGUUUUAUCAUGCCAUAUUUUCACGAUUUGCAAGAUCUGAAAGAAGAGAAUGGAUUUUGCCAGAGGAGAUGAGCAUGAAGCUUCAAUAACACUGAAUCGGAAUUUUUAGAAAAAUUACUUAACCUUUUGUCUGAAGACUUGAGAUUGAAAGGCGUUUACAUUAUUUGCCUCAUCCAGUAUUUCUUCUUUGGUGUUCACGCUGCUGAACGUUUUGACGAUUCAUUUAAUUUCGCCUGGGUCUCCGUUGUUUUGCUUUUUGCGAAAUAUUAAGUUCAAGUUGUAGUAUCUUGGUUAUGUUAGCGGUGGGGCAAAUGGACGGGUCUCGCCAGUGCGCUUUCCUACUCAACUCCCCACCUCUGGCUGCUUUACACAGUAUGACCGAAAUGAAGACACAGCUUUACCCAGCCUAUCCGUUAUCUUCCACUGGACCAGCAUCCUCCACCUCUCCGACCGCUACCUCCCCUAAUCCAGGUGGUAUCCCCGUUUCUUCCCCGGGGAUAAAAACGUCAAAUGGACUUUCAGCUCUUGGAUCACCCCAGCAGUGCGCGGUCGCCACACCUCACGGAAUAAACGACAUCCUCAGUCGACCCUCGGUGCUCUCCGCAGGAGCGGCGGCCGCCGUCGCAGCAUCUUCUCCCGCUGGAAUCUUGUCUGGACUGCCCCGUUUCAGCAGCCUGAGUCCUCCACCGCCUCCAGGGCUGUAUUUCAGCCCAAGUGCUGCGGCUGUGGCGGUGGCUCGCUAUCCGAAACCUCUGACAGACCUUCCAGGCAGAACUUCAAUAUUCUGGCCUGGAGUUAUGCAAAGCCCACAUUGGAGAGACGCCAGAUUUGCAUGUUCACCACAUCAAAACUCAGUGCUGCUUGACAAAGACGGAAAAAGGAAACAUACACGGCCAACGUUUUCCGGGCAGCAAAUUUUCGCUCUGGAAAAAACAUUUGAGCAAACGAAAUAUUUAGCGGGACCAGAAAGAGCGCGGUUGGCCUACUCUUUAGGAAUGACAGAAAGCCAAGUAAAGGUGUGGUUUCAAAAUCGAAGAACGAAAUGGAGAAAACGGCACGCGGCUGAAAUGGCUUCGGCUAAGAAAAAACAAGAUUCGGAGACCGAAAGGCUGAAAGGGGCCUCGGAAAACGAAGACGAUGAUGACGACUACAACAAGCCUUUAGACCCAAACUCAGACGAUGAGAAAAUAACUCAGCUACUGAAAAAACACAAACCAAACUCAGCUCUUAUUAUUCACACGUCGGAAAACGAGAGCUCGUAAAACGGAAACGGGCAAAGAGUUGCCAGUCAUUUGAGGCGAAAUUCCUCAAGAAGUGUCAAAAUAAUGUAGGCUACUGUUUAUUCACUAUGUUUGAGCUCAUGUUUGAGUGGAAGGAUGCACAUCAGAGGAAUAUGCACUAUUGGUGAAGCUGAGCGUGCAUCAGUGUCUGCAAUAGACACAAUUCAACGCAAAGACAACGGUACCUUUUUUUUUCUUUUUUUUUUUUUUUUUUUUUUUUUUUUUUUUUGUAAAUUAACGGCUUGAGUUGUAUCGCAUAGGAAUUAUAUCACUGUGAAUAUUUAUGUGUAAAAUAUUUUGAAUAGUAAACAUGCCAGAAUUCGUUCAACCCGCUUCAGUUGAAUCUUCUGUUUGGGCUUUGUGAUUUGCAUACUCAUAUCAUUAAUUUGUAUAGGUGCUUAUCAUCUUGAGUUUAGUAUGGAUGUAAGCUGCAUUGGCUCUUUGAUCCUUAAAAAUAAUCAACAAUGGAAAUAUAGAAUAAUUACAGAAUUUACCACUUAUGGUAAAAUACAUCUGUUUCAGUUAUAGCCUAAAUAAAGGCUCAGUCACAGGAUUAAUCUGGCCACAAAUUGUAAAUAAACACAUAACCAUAUAUUUGUAAUAUAAAGCAUAGUGUUCGUUGCACAAUGUUAGAAUGUUCCCUUAAUUUUUUUCAUGAUUAAUUUAUGAUAUUUUAAGUUUGUAACAGUGUUUGAAUCCUGCAAAAUGCGCCUUGCAGGUUCAUGUGUAUUGCACUUUUAUUUAAUAAAAUGUUAAAAUAUUUUUUUUCUUUCAUUUUGUUCUUAUUAAAUCGCAUAUAAAUAUUUUGUCAAUAAAUGUCAACAAAUUUCA